GAAAGAGGGAAACCCACAAGAAUACGGGAACGUACCUAACCAGGGAGUGACGUCCCGCUAGACUCCGGUGGUGUACUCCGCCUGAUCCAACGAACAGAAAUGUGUUUCCUUAGCUGAUCCUGACCUCGAUGCCACCCCGCCGAGAGCCCCCAGCUGAUUCAACAACCACAAGCAUCAGGAAACCCACCUCCUUAUCCCGAACCAGGGACUUCAUCGCUAACAUCAAAGCCGUCUCCAUAUGACGAACCAAGACGGCAACUGGAGGCAAUAACCUCACCAGUGGCUCAUCACACUCGAAGUCACGCCACUAUAAAGCCAUCCGCAGGGCCUGACAGAGGCUAUGCCCCGCAGUUCCCGAUGGUGGAGGUAUCUGGACCUGAGGGAGUGAUUAUGGUCCACCGUCACUGGACUGCAGACGACAUCAUGAAAGCGGCCGACGGCCUGAGCAAGCCAGGUGACAUCGGCGGACGACGCUUCGGACAAGAACUGAUGGCAUUCGUGCAGUCCUGCAGACCAACUCAGGCUGAAUUGAGACGGUUGCUGAUGAUUCGACUCGGACUGCAGUAUAACCGCAUUGACAGAAACUGGGUGAAUGGAGAUGUCCGUCUCCAUCUGCCUGAGUGGAAUGCACCGCCCCAAGGCCAACCUGACCUAAACAGCGCAUACAGAGAGAUAAGAGGACUCAUCGAAAGAGUGGAAGCAGCAUACCCAACAACUGUUAACACUGAUGUGAUAGCAGCAUGCAAGCAAAGAGACGAUGAGCCCGUCGCAGAUUUCCUCGUCCGCUUGACACGCGUCCACACUGACCAUUGUGGAAUUGACGCGCCAGCACAACGUGCAGUGGGCCCCGGAGAAGUGGGGGCAUGGGAAGCUCAUCUGAGAAACAGCUUCCUUAUGAACAUGAGAAAGGAAAUUAGCGACCUUAUCAGAAAAAACUGCAUAGGCUAUAGUAGAGCUCCCCUAUCUACUAUUGAGGAGCACGCCAAGCAUCAUGAGACGAUCCUGGGAAAGAAAGACGCCAGACGAAAGCGUCAACGAGCAGAUACCACGCACCAGGCAAUGCUAACGCUAGUCCAGACGGUGGGAGACCAAGGGAAAGGUCGCGGACGAGAAAACAAUCGUGGCAGGGGACGUGGCCAUGGACGAGGCAGAGGCAAAGGAAGAGGAGGGAAAAAUGAGUGGAUGAAAGAGCAGGAAUGCUACAACUGUGGAAAGCUUGGACAUUUCGCCAGAGAUUGCCCAGAGGAGGAGAACUCUUAUAAUGGGGGCACAGACCUGGAUCCCACUAUCUACGAAUGACGGGCGGUGGAGAGGCAGGACAGCAGCGGACCACUGAGUGAAGACGGCAAAAGGGAAGUAACAAAUUUAAAUUACCAACUAUUGCAACAAAUUAGUAAGGGGCCAAAAGGCCUUCCUGAGGUAACUGUGAAAGUAGAAGGGAAAAGUGUUAGGUUUUUGGUUGACAGUGGUGCCACCCACUCAGUAUUGAAAGAAGGGCUGAUAGAAUGUAAAAUGAGAACAGGAUAUGGGAUAACAGUAAUCGGAGUAGGGGGUCAUCCCAUUGAUGAAAGGAUGUCCGAGCCUCUCCAAUGUAG